CAAAUUCAACAAUGAGUGGUUUGUAAGGAAUCAGUGGCUAACUGCAAACAUUGCAAAGCCACCACUAAGGUUAGCCUGCUUUUCAAUGGAGUGGCUGUGUUUUUUCCCCCACCAUAAAUCCAGAGAAUGCCAUACUUUAAUGACAACAUUUGCCCACGAAGACUUCACAAGGUUUUAUUUGAACAUGAAGGUGUUUUCAUACACUCGAAUGAAGACGGUGAAGAGCCAGAUCUCCUUGUUUCUGGGUUCCUACGGCUCAUUGAUAAGGAUGGUGAAACUAUCGUGGAAUACAAACCUUUGGAGGACACUGUUGAUCCAUCCAACAUGUUGUGUGCUGGCAAGGAUUCCAGCUCGGUGAUGGAGUGGGCCCAGUGUCCCGGGGAGGAGAGGUCGACUCCUCAGCAGGCGGUGGUAGAGCAGCAGCAGAGCUACGAGACUGAGUGGGACAUGAUCAACGCAGUCUCCUUUCCUAAGAGGAAACCCUGCUCCAACGGAGAGGGUGCAUUGAACCACACGCAUGAGAAAAGCAAGUGGGCCUUCACCUUCAGUGUGUGGGACCUGAGGUCUAUCACAGUGAAGAAGGAGGGCUCGUCCCGCCUAAUGUUCAGACUGAAGGAGCCCCCCACCUCCCUGCCAGUUCUCCACUUCCACCAAGGGGGUAGUGAAGACUUCCUGGACUGCUUGAGGAGAUAUGCGUUGAUCACUGAGGCCCCGGAUGAUGAAACCUGCCUGCUGGUCAGCACUCCCAACAGAGCUCUGUCUCAGUCCUUCGAGAACCUUCUGGAUGACAACAACUACGGCCUUGUUACUAAGCUCAAGAAUGAUCCGUACGUGACGACCCUGGGGGGCUUCUCCAAGGUCACCAACUACAUCUUCGAUGCGUUCCGUGGCCCAGAGCUGGAGCAGCAGCAGCGUCCCCCGGAGGAGAUGGCUGACCUGGACAUCCUGGGACUGGGAGAGGUCAUCCCUGGCCUGGAGAUCAACCAGCAGGAGGAGCCGGGCUUCGAGGUCAUCACCAGGAUCGACCUGGGAGCAAGGCCAGAGGUGACGAGGAGGCAGCCACUGUCUGCAGAGGACUGGGCUGAGCACCAGGAGAAGGGAGGAAGGAUGAAAAAUGUCCCUCACCUCAAGAAAAUAAUAUUCAAAGGGGGCUUGUGCCAUGCGGUGAGGAAAGAGGCCUGGAAGUUUCUGCUGGGGUAUUACCCCUGGGACAGCACCUAUGAGGAGAGGAAAGGUCUACAGAGGAGGAAAACGGAUGAGUACUUCAGGAUGAAGCUCCAGUGGAAGUCGGUGAGUGAGGAGCAGGAGAGGAGGAACUCCAGGUUGAGAGACUUCAGGAGCCUGAUAGAGAAGGAUGUGAACAGAACAGACCGAACCAACAGGUUCUAUGAGGGCGUAGACAACCCAGGCCUGGUGUUACUCCACGACAUCCUGAUGACGUAUUGCAUGUAUGAUUUUGAUCUGGGGUAUGUCCAGGGAAUGAGUGACCUCCUCUCCCCGAUCCUCUAUGUGAUGGAGAAUGAGGUGGAUGCCUUCUGGUGUUUUGUCUCCUUCAUGGAUCAUAUGCACCAGAACUUUGAGGAGCAGAUGCAGGGCAUGAAGACGCAACUGAUCCAGCUCAGUACUCUGUUGAGGCUGCUGGACCUGGCCUUCUGGAACUACCUUGAGUCACAGGAUUCAGGUUACAUGUAUUUCUGUUUCCGGUGGUUACUGAUCCGCUUCAAGAGGGAGCUCAGUUAUCCAGAUGUUCUUCGUAUGUGGGAGGUCAUGUGGACUGGCUUGCCCUGCCAAAACUUCCAUUUGCUGGUGUGCUGUGCCAUCCUAGACUCAGAGAAACGGAAAAUCAUGGAGGAAAACUUUGGCUUCAAUGAGAUACUCAAGCACAUCAAUGAACUCUCAAUGAAACUGGACAUUGAAGAAGUCCUUCACAAAUCAGAGGCUAUUUGUAUGCAGAUCAGAAGUUGUAAGGAUUUGCCUCAUUCAAUAAUUGAGAUCCUGGGAUUCAACACAGAAAGCGAACUUCCCAGAUUAGAAGGGCGGGAGUUUGGGACUCUUGAUUCUCCUCAGUCCCCCAGACCCACACAGAGACAGGAGGUCUUCUCUAAUGGUCACAAUGGGCAUUACAGAGAACCCCUUCAAAACGGCUGCAAGGUCACUUUCAUAUCAUAGUGAACAAUAUCAUUCACACAGAGACUUUGCAAUGUCCACAUACCAGAAUGAGUAUUUUGGAUUCAGUUAUUGGAUAAUUUGUUAACUGAAGCAAGCUUAUCAAAGCCCUUAUAUGAAGAGAAAAUAAUGUAAAAAGGAUUUAAAGUUAUUAUUUUUGUAAUUUCUUGUACCAUAUUGUCUUUCAUUUAAAUAAGUCAUUCCUUCUUGCUAAGGUUUUUUUUGUAAAGACUGGCAAGGUGAGUUUAAUUUGUAAAGUAAUAAUAUGCUGUUUUUAUUUCAGCUAUAACCUUUUCCUGAAUCACGGACACAAGUAUUAAUUGUUUGUUUGAUUGAUUUACGUUUUAAAAACAAACAAUUACUUUUAUCAAGAUCAAGCCAGAAAUCAAUUUGGUAGUAAAUUACAAAAGUGCUGUAAAAUGUUUUGUCUUAAUGCUCUGUCACAAUAAUACCCUUUUCAAAUUGAAAAUGUGAAAAAGAAAGCUCAAACAUCUCCCUGAAUAAAAAAAUAAAGCCUUUAAUGAUGUACUCAGUA